UGAUGUUUACAGCGUUGGCGUGCUGUUAUGGGAGAUAUCAAGUGGUAGACCACCUUUUUAUGUUAAAGAUGAAGAAUAUGGCGUUAGUUUAGCUAUAAACAUUUUACAAGGACUCAGAGAAAGUGUCAUUCCCGGUACUCCUGAAUCUUAUAGUGCUGGGAUGGCGAGCCAGAAAAGCGUCCGGCUAUGA